ACGCACACCACUUCAGUUAACACUUUAGAUCCCGAAUGCCCCCACGUGAACCCCUUACAUCCCCUUCCCGAAGCUUCUUCCUGCCGCCGCCGCUAGUUCUCCCUGGCCAAGCUGUCGCCGGCGGCCGUAUCACAGAAACCGGAAUCCUUCCCUAGACCCUUUUAAUCGAAGAAACUCCGUCCAUUCUUCCCAUCAUCUUCUUCCAUGCCCCAUUCUGAAACCACAAUCACCCCAAAUCUGAAACCAAAAAUACCCAAGCCCAUCCGAGCUUGUGAAAAUCCAAACCCAAGCAACAAUCCCUCCCGAUAACACUUUGUCCAACCCGAAGCAACCAUCCCUCGUGGGAACACGAGUAUUUUGCGAGCAGGCAAGCACUUUUGCAUUUGGAAAACCGAAGGAAGGAGGAGCUGCUGGAGAACCGAAGGUGGAAGGCACGAAAUAUGAGCUGGUGGAGAAAGAAGCCAUCUUUUUGAAAUAAGGGUAAAAUGGACAAUAUACACGUUGCUGAGGUGGAGGUUGUGUGAGGUGUGUUAAGUGGGAAGGCUUUUGAAUCAUUUUUCAAUUUUAUUAGGGGUCUCUAGGGGUUUAGUCUGGGAGAGAGGUAGAGAGAGAGAGAGAGGGAGAGGGAGUAGUUAGAAGGGAAUUAUGGGGGAGUCGAAGCAUGUUAGCAAUAUGAGAUGCCAUCACUGCGCUGGUCCCCUUUCCAAGGAGAUGGAAACUAGUCAGUGGACUGUUCCACCUCUUAUCAGGGAUAGCUUUUCCAUGAUUGGCUCUGCUGUUGGUGGUACAACUAGUGCAUUUUAUGGAUUCAACCACGUGAUGCCAAUAGUCCGGAGAUGUGUAAAAGGCCCUAUGUGGUUGCAUUUUCUCAUUGGUGCACCACCUGUUAUAGUAUUCUCUUCCGCUUGUGCAGGAUUGUCAGGUGGUGCUGUUCCCGCCCUAGCCCAACUUGCUUCUUCAUCUUAUCAUGCAGCCGUCUCAACUCCUCCAUUGCCUCCACCUUCGCAAGAUGAUACGCUGCACAAGUCUCGAACUUCCUCUACUCUCUAAUAAGAUCUGCUUUCUUGUUCUGUGUGAGUUUGAGAGAGGAGUCAAGUACACGUGGAUGCACUUCAGUAAGGUGCCCCGCGAAGUUCCAUAAGCAUGCAUCCGUGUGCUCUUUUGAUUAUAUAGAAUACUAAUAUUUAAUUGGGUUAAAAAUUUUGUUUGAUAAUUAUUUAUUAUUUAAGUCAAUAAAACUGGCAUGAAUAAAUCAAGGAGAUGAAAGGAAAGCAUUAUAAAA